AACGAACUAGUUGUUUUGUGUACUAAAUGCGACCACUCACCAGCUGGUGACAGUAAACACUGGACCAGGCCAGGGUGACCUGCCUCCUUCACCAGGCGCGGAGUAUGUGAGACUUGUCAGGAAAUGGACUGCAGUCGUAAUGGCUUAUCCACAAGUGAGGCCCUCGGUCGCUUGCAUGAGGAUAUUGCCAGUGCUUUGGAUGAAUAUCAGAAAUCAGAAGCGGAAAAGUAAAAACAAAGGUUUUGGAGUCAAGAGUGUUCUUUAUGAAGCCUUCCAUCACAAGAGUUACAUCUCUGUAUUUCGUUGGACAUCAGCAUUGGCAUUAAUUGUUGAGGGUGUUGUGCUGCUUGUGGCCUUUGCUGCUUGUAAUGAUCCAAGAUACCAUCACCUGCCUGCAGAGUCCUUGUUCAUUGUGGUGGCAGUAAUGCUCAAUGUGUACCUGGUGUGGUGGGACACACAGCUGAGACACAAGGAGCUUCCAAGACUCACUCAGAAUGUCUUGAAUGAUCUUAAAGAAAACCAAAGCAGUGUGUUGUGGUGUGCAGAGAACUAUCCACACCUGCACUCACCUCUGUCCCCCUGCAUAACCCUGCAGUGGACACGGCGCGAUGGUCACACAGUCAACCUUCCUUGGUCACUCCUUGUGCGAGGAGAUAUCAUUUUUCUGAAACCUGGACAGAAGGUGCCUGCAAGAUGUAAACCCUUGCAGGACACCUUUACUGGGGGUGGAGGAGAGAUGCACAUGGGAGAUAUCUUUUCUCCAAAUCUCGAAGGGGUCGGAGAGGGCUUCAGCUCUCCCAAGGCUCGAACUCCACUCAAAGCUACACCUUACAUUGUACUAGAAACUCCAUACAUUACCAACCUGAAAAUCUUGCUUACAGAAGCUCUGAACAGACCAGUUACUGUUUUUAACAAGCAGCGCUUCUACUUGUUCAGUUGGGCAAUGGAAUCAGUUAUUUUACCUCUAGUUUUAGGACUUAUCCUAGUGAUCAAUGCUCUUAGAGUAUAUUAUGGAAGUUGGAUUGGGGACUGGACUGAAGCACUCUUAAUCGGCCCUGUGUGUGUAGCUCUUCCUCUCAUUCCUCUGGGCCUGCCCCUAGCUUGGCUUGUGCUCAAUUGGCUGGGCAUAGCACGCAUUCUUACCAUGUAUCACCAUGCCAAUAAAUUGCAGAGUGAUCCAGUUGAAGACCCCUUUGAGGAUGCAGAGCUGGAGGCCCUGCAGUUCUCCGAGAUGUCUGUCAAAUGGUUGGAAUUACGAAGGCACUUCAUGCUUACUAUUUACGGCAUGGAGCCUUCUCCCAUUAGAACAGCCAAUGUUCUUCACGUUUUAGCAUCAGUAACGAACUUGUGUUGUGUCGAUAAGAAAGGUGUUCUCUCGUGGCCCAACCCUACAGCAGAAAAAGUGUUUUUCCUCAAGAACAGAGCACAUAACCUUGCUUCCAGUGCCCCAUCUCUGUAUGGAGAUAAUGUUAUGUUUGAAGAAGUCAAGUCUGAGAGAGUAGCAUCUUCAAACCCUACAAAAGAAUCUGAAUCUGUGCUGAUGUCACUAACUCAUGACCAUCAGACAGCAUUUGGGCUUCAGUUUGAUGACCCAAUGUGGAGGCGCUACCUGUUAUCACUCAAGCCUCUUGGCCUGAACAUAUUGCUGAACACCUGCAACCCUGCCACUCAGAAUCACUACACACAGUUUUGUGCACAUAUAACAUGUGAGGCAAUGUAUAAUGAAGAUCUUGUGCCAGUCUCACAAAGGAGCAAUGUAGAACAUGGGUGUGAGCACCGGCACGUAGUACAUAUGGACAUUCCCGUGUGCAGUCGUGGGUGUCUGUGUGAGCUAGCUAAACAAAUAGGUUUUAGUGAACAAGCUCAGGAACCUUUUGAGCUAGAGCAUCAGCUGUCAACAUUCAGGCAUGUGCCACCAGACAUGGCGUGUAAAGAUCGUUUGGCCAGGUCCCUGAUGAUCACCAAACUCAAGUUUCCCUUCCCCCACAUGGUGUCAGUACUUGUGCGGGAUCGUGCUUCACGUAAACUGGAAUUAAUGUCACAGGGCACAGCAGAUAUUAUCUUGGAUUCAUGCACAGACUACUGGGAUGGCUAUGACAUUUGUCCAUUGACAGAGAAAGACAGAAAGAAAAUAUUGGACUUCUACCACCGGACAAGCCUUUCUGCUUACUGUACUGCAUUUUCAUAUCGUCCCACUUCCUGCGUGGUUAGAGGAAAUCUAACUAAUAUCUACAUGGAACUUCCAAUUGAUCCUACCCAUCUUUAUAAUGCAGCUCGCACACCCACACCACAUAUCAGCACAGAGGCACUGUUCGGUGAUGAGGAACACACUGAAUAUGAAGAAAUUGAUGAUAUUGAUGAUGCUUUUAGAAUGCAGUGCAAGCAAAUCUUCAUAGGAAUGGUUACAAUGCAGUAUCAAGCCAAGACAGAUAUGGUUCAAAUGAUUGAGCAGUUAGAUGCAUCGUGUAUUCGAUUUGUUCACUUCAGUAAAGAAAACGAGCUUAGGUCACGAGUGUUCUCAGAAAAAAUGGGAUUGGAGAGCGGGUGGAACUGCCACAUAUCUUUGCUGUCAGAUCGUACUAGAACAGAAAGUGGGAACUCAAGUGGAACAGGAGCAGCAGGCUCGAUCAAGACCUCCGGCCUGACACUGUACAGACAAUCUACUGAGGACAUUACUAGCACUCAUCUCUCCAAGACCCGAUUCAGCUCCUCCUUUAAAGGGUUUCAACGUAGUAAGAGUCAGCGAAGAAAAGGGCUGGGUUUAAGAAGCUCUCUGGAAGUGUCUCGUGCACUCAGCCACUCUGCUCCGUCAGCAAUAAACUUGGAGGUGGCCCAGGUGAAGUUUGAGGAAGAGGUUUCCAUCUGUUCUGAGUUCUCACAGUCUCAAACAUCAUACCUGGAGGAUGAGGAGGACCAGAGACUUGGAGGGUUUGGUUAUAAUUGUCCUGGAGGCACAAGUGAGGAGUGCAUGAUAGUGGCUGAAGAGGAGCACGUGUGUGAUGUGGGGGACACCAACAGUGAACACCACUCUCAUGUAUCGGGGCAGUCUCGGUCCCCUUCAAGAGGUACAGACAGUACCGAGCACUCUGCAUCAUUUAAUUUUGAUAUGUCUAACCGGGCACGCCUUCCAAAAGGAAUUGAGAACAUUAAGCCACAUCUUGAAAAUGUAGAUAAUGUUCCAUUACUAGUAUCUUUGUUCACGGACUGCACUCCACCAGCAACUUGUGCCAUGCUCACCAUCAUGCAAGAGUACACCGAGGUUACCAUGGUCAUGGGAUCCUCAGCAAAUGCUGACAACAUGAGGCUCUUUAUGCAGGCUGAUGCCAGUCUGUCGGUGGAUCCACUGUAUCCCCAAGUGUGCAUGCGGGAGGCAGUGUUUGUCCGUCCACCACCAUCCAAGGGCCCACCCCCUACAGAAGUAGCUCGAUCUCUCAAUGUAUUGCCCUGCUCACUGGCCUUCCAACGUGAUGACAGAGUCUCUCUUGUCCAUCUGAUAAUGGAGUCUCGGCACUACAUGCAGCAAGUGAUGAGCUGCGUACAGUUCUGGGCAUGCUGCUGCCUCUCCCUCACCUUCCUCCAGCUGCUGGCUGCUACAGCUGCUCUUCCUCCUCUCUUGUCCUCAGGGGAUGUUGUUUGGAUAGUGAGUGUAAUAAUUCCUGUGAUAUCCGUGUCCUUGGUAGCAGCUCCAACUAAUCGUGCUGUGAUGAAUCAGGCGACAGGAAAAAAUGUUGUUGUACUUAAUAAACAAAUCUUUCGUUAUGUAGUGCUGUACUACAUCUGCAAGUUCGUUCCUUCAGUAGCAGUCGUCUUGUUAUGUGGAGGACUAACGUUAGCGAGCUUCUGCUGGGACAUCACCAAUCAGCAUAAUUCUUCUUGUAUAUAUGUAUAUCCCAACGAAGUUCCUAUUGUGUAUAAUAACAGUACAAAAUAUGAGGAGCAGAGGUCUUCUUGGGGAGGCUGGGGUGACAAAUACGCAGACUCUCUGAAUGCUGUACAAAAUGGAGUUGCAUUUCUGCUAGUACUCUACUUCUGUAUGAUCUCGAUAUCAUUCGUGCACCGCAUGUACCAGCUGUGGACCAAGAACCCUCUAACAAACAGAUGGUGGGCCUCCAGCAUCUUUGCUGUCUUGGUACUUCAAAUUGUGUAUGCAAGUGUAUCAUUGUCUGGCUCAAGGAUAGCAUCGAGAGGUCCGGGCCUGUCAGACAUACCUGCGUGGCUCUGGCUCAUGGCCUUCAUGUGGCCAUUUUUACUCAUCCCACUAAAUGAAGUCAUCAAAAGAAGAGAGAUCAGAGUAAACGUCAGGUACCAGAAGAGAGCAAGACUAGAAUUCGGAACAAAAUUGGGAAUGAAUUCUCCAUUUUAACAUAAAAGAGACAAGUGUAGUUUUUGGAACAUGUGCUGUUGUGUGCCAUUGUUGCUACACACUUGCCUUGUACUGUGGCAGGUGUGUACCAUCAUUGCUACACAAUUGCUUCACACAUUAGCAGAUGUGUGCCAUCAUUGCUGCACAUACACUUAUCUCACACUGUAGCAGAUGUGCCCUAGUGUUGCUACAUACUUGCCUUACACAGUGGCCUGCUAAUAAAGACAUCAUUACUGAAAGAAACAACAUUGCAAGAUGUAUUUUUUAUAUUCACUAAAUGUGUAUUUUCACAUUCAUACUCAUCUAGAAUAGCUUUUAUUUGCAGAGCAAAUUUGUAUUGUGAAGAGUAGUCUGAAGUGCGUGAAGGAACACUACUCAGGUUUGGGAGAUAAUUAUGUAACAUGGCUCAUAACUGUUUAUUUUGGAUUACCAAAGGUGUUUUCUUAUUAUAUGUAGCUGUUUUAGUUGCCUGUAUAUUUCAUUGUAGGUCUGUUAUUUAUUUACUAGCACAUUUUAAUGAGCUGUGAUGAACAUAAGGAAAGAAAAAUAACAAUAAUGUAAUUAAUUUUAUAAGAUGUAAAGUUACAUUAUCAAUCAGCACAUACAUGAUUAUCAUGUUGUUUACUGUAGAUAUAUUAUAGCAGUAAAGUACCAUUGUCAUACAAGAAUAGGCACACAUGAUUUCUUUGUUGAAUGUACAACAGCCACCUUGCAUAAUUAUGAAUAGUUUGUGAAUGAAAAUCACUUGAAAUACUGUCUGUAUGAAAUACCUAGCAAUAAAUCAUAAUCAUUUU